AUCAUAUCCCGCACUUGCCUGUCGUCAAUGCCACCGUUCUGAUGUCGGCCGCCCCCUAGGCCAAGCUCACUUUCCGAUUUUGUCCGAUACUACACUUCUUACUUGGUCAAUCCUUUAUAGUGGACUCCACGCCAUCUUGACCUAGUCAGCUGUCGCUUUGAAGAUGUCGUCAUCACCCCUUCCAGCAGUCCGCCAAACCACAGUCCCAACCAGAAUUUGCACCGGACUUCUGACGCGAGAACCGAUGCUGAGAAGAUCGCGAUGACGUUGGAUGGUAUUACCAAGCGCUGCUCCCUUUUCAAUAUCUUGGUCAUCGACACGCGCCUUUUCGCCGGACUCAGCAAAGGCAGUCCGUUCUACUUUCAAGGUCGACGCGUGAGUCGUCUAGCAAACUAUGUCAUGUUCAUUUACCACGAGAGAGCCAUUGACCCCGCCGAAAACCGGACACCUACCCCUGUCGGCUAUCUGCAGUACAACUCCAUCCAUGGAGCAUGUCGAAAGCUAUUUGAAGCUCGUCCAGGUCCGAGGGCAGAGAGUAACCGGGUUGGUGGCACACUAUGCUGGAAGCGCAUGCAACAGAUAACCCCGGAAGAAUGGACGGAGGACCCCUAUUUCAUGUGUCCCCUCUUGGCCCUCGCGCAGUUUGAGGAGCAGCGGCGAGAUGAGUCAAGCCCGGCUACUUUUACGUCUCGUCUCCUCGUGACGGAAGUCGCAGAUAAAGAAAAGAUAGUCCUCUACGAGGCUGACAUUGCAACGGAGCUUCUAGAUGGGCUCAAGAAUCCGAAGGAGGCAGAUCGUCCAAUGAAUUGGCCCAUUGUUAGACGCAAAAAGAUCCCAUACCAGCCUUACAAUACCUUCCCUGAAAGGAUUACGGCUGAGCUCCAGACGCCUGGAUUCUCGCCACUUGAUAGAACCAGUUCGAUACCCGACAGUUCGGUCCCAGACAUGGAUGGUAAGUCUCGAAGAGGUCAGAAACGGCCGCACGAUGCAGAGGAGGAUACACCAUGCAAGCAGACACGGAUCUCCGACACGUCAUAGGUGAACCGACGUCAACAGUAAUAAAAUGUCUGAUAAUCAGAUACACGUAAUUAAUGUAUACUUGCCAUAGCAGCUGCGAAAUCGUCCGUAAUUGUUUGAAUCAACAAAGGACUCAAGCAAAAAUCGGGUCUCUAACCAUCGAACAACCGAUAUAGUGUCACCAGCUCGUACUAUGAUUCUCGCCCCGGGGCCUCCAUCCGCCGAUACCCUGAGGAAAUAUAACUCGAUUUUUCUCCCAUUCCGCCGGCCCCACCUCUGGCCAGAAGACCCGCAUCAGAUUUGCUUCCCAAGCAUUACCGAACACCCCUGCACCGCUGUUCAAGGAACCAACAUCCCGACCCCUUGAGAAAAAUCACCGUCCUAUCUUUGCGGUUUCAAGAAACAGUGGAAGCCAUUGCAAC